GAGGGUUAGCGCGUAUCAUCAGUAUCACACACACACGCACACUCCCACACAUAAUUAGAGCUAUCUCAUCAUCAUCAUCAUCAGCAGCGUCGUCGUCGUCAUUAUUUAUUUCCCUGCGCCCAUGGACGCCGUGCGAAGGGACCUGAUGAUGCUCAUGUCCGAACGGGCGCUCGGCGGACACAAGUCGCACUUACGAUGCGAGCCGCCGCCGAGUCCUGACCAGGACAGCGUGGGCCACCGCACCCCGCCGCCGCCACUGCACGCGCACAGCCUCGGCAUCGGAGGCGGUGGCGGCGGCGGUGGCGCUCGUCUCAGCCCGCGAGCAGCCUCCCUGCCGGGCCACCUCUUCUCGCGCGACGAGGCGACGGUGCACAGCGCGUUCCGUGCGGCUGUGCAGGCAGACCACGCCGCCAGCGGACUGUCCCUCGGCGGCGGCGGCGGUGGUGGUGGUGGUGGUGGGAGCGGCGGGGCUCUUUUGCAGCUUUUUCGACGGCAGGCCGCGCUCCCCGGGCCGGCGUCGCUGUCGGGACCAGAGCGGUCCCUUCACGUCAUCCGCCAGCACGGCGGGGCAGCCGAGGCGUCCGCCAGAGGCGAGCCCUGCACCUCGGAGGACGAGAUACUGGAGGAGGAGCUGGAGGUCAGCUGCUCAUCGCCCGAGUGUCCGGCGCCGCCACUGCGAGACUCGGCCAAUGCGCAUCAUCAUCAUCAGCAGCAGCAUCAGCAGCAGCAGCAUCAGCAGCAGCAACACAGCACAGUCGCGGCAGCUGCUACGGGAAAAGGGAGAAGCAGCGACAGUCCUGGCGGAAAGGAACACGAGAGCCGCUCCAAGUGCGCCGCCGGCUCUGGCGACGGCCCCCCAGACUCGCCGAGUCCCGGCGGGGGCAGCCACGGGCAGCUGGGGGGCAGCGGGGGGGGGCUCCAGUCCAGCCAGGGCAGCGGCCCGGGUCCCGGCGCGGGGCCACCCGGGGGGACCCUGGGCUCGGACGGGGUGCGGCGCUACCGCACGGCGUUCACGCGGGAGCAGAUCGGGCGCCUGGAGAAGGAGUUCUACCGCGAGAACUACGUCUCGCGGCCUCGCCGGUGCGAGCUGGCGGCGGCGCUCAACCUGCCCGAGACGACCAUCAAGGUCUGGUUCCAGAACCGGCGCAUGAAAGACAAGCGGCAGCGCCUGGCCAUGUCCUGGCCUCACCCGGCCGACCCGAGCUUCUACACCUACAUGAUGACGCACGCCGCGGCUGCGGCCGCCACGGGAGGGCUUCCUUACCCGUUCCCCCCGCACGUGCCCCUGCCCUACUACCCCCCCGUGGGCAUGGGGCCCGGGGCGGCUGCCGCCAGCCCCUUCCAAGCGGCCGCCCUGCGACCCCUCGACUCGUUCCGCGCCGCUCUGCACCACGCGCACCCUUACUCGCGACCGGAGCUGCUGUGCGGAUUCCGAUCUCCCGCCGCGGCGCUCUACACGGCAGCUCACCACGGACUUCAGCAGCAGCAGGCGGGCGGCGCCCACUGCUCCUGCCUGAGUUGCCACGCGGCGGCCAGCGGCCAGGCGGGUGGGGCCGGGGCCGCGGCGGUCGCGGCGGCCGCGGCGGCAGGCGCGGCGGGUGGCGGAGGGGGUGCGGGAGGAGGAGGGGGUGCGGCGGGAGGAGGAGGAGCGGGACCAGAUUUCCUGUGCACCACGCGCUCCGACAGCAGCUUCCUGCCGUACGCGGCGUCAGUGCUGAGCAAGCCCGCGGUACUCACUCUGGACCAGCGGGAGGAGGUUCCGCUCACGAGAUAGCAGCCUUGGCUGUCCCUGCGCGACCUCUCGCCCCCAUGCCCUCCAAGGACCCUUGCGCCCUCCCCGCCCGUCGCUCGACUUCGCAGAAAAACGAUCUCGCCCUAGCUCCGUUUCUUCCUCUCCGCUUCCUACCACGAGACGAUGUGAAACUCAUAGCACCGUCCGCCGCCUAACAACAACAACGAGGACAAACAGCGGCACGGCUGUUAACUCGUUUCUUGUACAUUGGCGGACGCGUCCGAGAGAGAGUCGUUCGCGUUUUGAGUCGGGUGCAUGCUACGAGUCGGGAUUAACGAUUUUAAUGUUUGUGACUCGAUCGAUCGAUCAAGCGCCGCGCACAACAAAAAGGCUUUUUUUGUGUCACGGGGUUCAACAUUUUUUUCGCUGUUAAUUAUUUUUUUGUUUCGGGUGUACGUAUGUAUGUUGAACUUCUUUCGCACCGGACGUAGCCAACCGUGCUAUUCGGAAGUGUCCGAUGCUCUCGGCGUGCGGUGUUAGUCGCUACUGCUGCUGCUGUGCGCGCGUGCGUGUGGAUGUUCUGACAGUCGAGGAGGUGAAAGAGUCCGCGUGAAGAUAGGGACACGAUAUUGAUGCCUCCCUAUACCGCUCCUCCUAAAUGCGUGGUCGUUCAGUAAAUUAAUAACUUAUGAUCAUUAACGCAUAACUAUACUUAUAUAUAUAUAUAUAGACACGUACACACGUACAGAGACAAUACAAAAAAUAACCUUUACGUGUACUGUGUGUGGGUAGCCCCCGAGUUGUAUACAAAUACCCCCCCAGGCUACGAGGAUUGUAAAUAACUUGACGCUGUGUGCGAAAUCUCGUGUCGCUUCCCCGCGCGAAUGUGCGCGUGGUGUGUGUGGUGUGUGUAUCCGUGCCGGGUCGUGAUGGAAAUUAAACAAUCAAGCUCCUCUCUGAUGGACCUCAUUUGCAUACCGCUGACCGCCUCUGCUAACCCCCCACAGCGAACAGCCCCCACCACAAC